GCUCUAACAUAAGUUGCCGAGGUGACAAGCUUUUUGACCGGGUGUUUCCUUUCAUUGCAACCAAUUAAUCCCAGUGUGUGGGACAGCUGUCUCUGCUCUCCUCCUCAGCAAGGAAGAACAACUGUACUGUACUUUACUGGCUGACAGGUUUGAGCUAUUAAUUCACCACAUCACUAAUAUAUUCACUCUGCGCACGGACCCCACCAGCUGCCAACACCAAAACGAACUCCAGCUUGUUCUGAUCGGCGUCCUCCCGUUGGGAACCGACGAGGAGGAUGGAGACGAGCCCCAUCCCGGUGGUGACGGUCCAAACCGCCCCCUUCGACGACCAGCGGCCCGGUACCAACGGGCUGCGGAGGAAGACCGCGGCGUUCGAGGGGAAGAAGAACUACCUGCAGAACUACAUCCAGAGUGUGUUGUCCUCCAUCGACCUGCGGGACCGGCAAGGCUGCACCAUGGUGGUGGGCAGCGACGGCCGCUACUUCAGCCGAGCUGCCAUCGAGGUGAUAGUGCAGAUGGCAGCUGCCAACGGGAUUGGUCGUCUGGUAAUCGGCCACAAUGGCCUCCUGUCCACUCCGGCUGUUUCCUGCAUUAUCAGGAAGAUCAAGGCCAUUGGUGGAAUCAUCCUCACAGCUAGUCACAACCCUGGAGGCCCCGGUGGAGACUUUGGAGUCAAGUUCAAUGUGGCAAAUGGAGGACCAUCCCCGGACACAGUGAUGGAGAGAAUCUAUCAGGUGAGCCGGACACUCGAGGAGUAUGCCAUCUGCCCUGACCUCCGCAUUGACCUCUCCAGGCUGGGACGACAUGAUUUUGACCUGGAGAACAAGUUCAAACCUUUCAGAGUGGAAAUCGUAGACUCAGUGGAUGUGUAUCUGCAACUGCUGCGGAACAUCUUUGACUUCAGUGCCAUAAAAAGUCUCCUCACAGGACCAAAUCAGCUAAAGAUACACAUAGAUGCCAUGAACGGAGUGAUGGGCCCCUAUGUACGAAGGAUCCUGUGUGAUGAGUUGGGGGCCCCUGCUAACUCAGCUGUCAACUGUGUCCCUCUGGAGGACUUUGGUGGUCGUCCUCCUGAGCCUAACCUGACCUAUGCCACCUCUCUGGUAGAUGCCAUGAAAGGAGGGGACUUUGGCUUUGGAGCUGCAUUUGAUGCAGAUGGGGACCGAUACAUGAUCCUCGGGGAAAAUGGCUUCUUUGUGAACCCGUCAGACUCAGUAGCAAUCAUGGCUGCCAACCUCUCCACCAUCCCCUACUUCAGACAGCUGGGGGUCAAGGGCUUUGCCAGGAGUAUGGCCACCAGCACUGCCCUCGACAGGGUAGCCAAAGCCAUGAAAUUGGCGCUGUAUGAGACUCCCACAGGCUGGAGGUACUUUGGGAACCUGAUGGAUUCUGGGCGUUGUUCCCUCUGCGGGGAGGAGAGCUUUGGGACAGGUUCAGACCACAUUCGUGAAAAAGACGGUUUGUGGUCGGUGUUGGUGUGGUUGUCCAUCAUGGCUGCUAGGAAACAAGGUGUUGAGCAGAUUGUCAGAGAGCACUGGGCCAAGUUUGGACGCAACUACUUCUGCAGGUUUGAUUAUGAAGGCCUGGACCCACGUGCAGCCUUUUACCUGAUGAAGGAUCUGGAUUCAGUAAUCUCAGAUAAAGCAUUCACCAGCCAGAAGUUUGCUGUAGGAGACCAUGUAUACAGCGUUGAGAGGGCUGACAACUUCGAGUACAUCGACCCUGUGGAUGGAACAGUGGCUCGAAACCAGGGUUUAAGGAUUGUCUUCAGUGACACAUCUCGUCUGGUGUUUCGGAUGAGCGGGAGCGGUGGAGGGUUGGGCGCCACCAUCCGCAUUUAUGCUGAGAGCUUUGAGAGAGAUCCUGAGAGACACAACAGAGAGACACAGGUGGUGCUGGGUCCUCUCAUCGCCAUCGCUCUGAAGAUCUCCAACAUCCAUGAGAGGACAGGACGCCGUGGCCCUAACAUUAUCACAUGAGCAACCAGGAAAAACACACACUCACAUGCACCUACCUGCUCACACAGACAAAAGAAAACAUUCAAAAAUACUUUGCCCUGUAAUUUUCUGCCAUUUUAAAUACACAUUCACUGUAGCUUCAGUCUCAUUUUUAAUUUCUAUUUCAUUUUUCCUUACAUGACGGCAAAAGAGCUCACGGCUACUGGUGCUAACUCUUGGAAUCAAUCUGUUUUUUGACCACUAUCAUCUUUCAAUUAUUCAAAUUUAUGUGGUUAAAACAGGGAGCUAUUUAAUUUUGCAACGAUACAUAAUGAAAAAUGUGUAAACAGCAAAUAUGUUAUGAAUGUGCAUGUGAGCCUGGCUUAUUCUAUGUUUGUGCCUUGCAUUUGCCAAGAAUUAUUGAUUGAUGGAGCGUAAGAGAUCUUUUUUUAAAUCACCAUGCAGUUUUUAUACAAAAGUACAGUUCUCACCUUUCAUAUUGCUCAUACACUCAUAUAUACUACAAUGUUCUUUAUCAACCAUUUCAUGCAAAAUUAGCUUAUUUCAAAGUGUAAAAUAAAGCAGGCACUGAAUGACAACAGAAUUAGUGGAUGUUUGAUUAAAAAAAUUAAAUUUAACACAUAUCUUUCUUUGUGAAGUAGUCAGAACUUGUCACACUCAUGUUUACUACCUAACAGGGUAUUCAAAAUGUAAAAUAAAAAAUAGCAAAUCACAAGUAAAGAAAAAGAAAAUAUAUUUUAGAAUGAUGUGUUAUCAGGCCUAUUUUUUCUUUAAUUUGUCAGUUUGGGCCUUUGGG